AUGGCUCUGUCCUUGCUAUUCGCUCUGCCUCUGUUGAAGCCUUUCGCAACCGCCGAUUUUACGACGCCCAAUAUAUGCAGCCCACGAACCGAGUCCUCAUGCGAGCAAAUCGAAGUCCCUCACUCCGCUAUACCAACACAUCAAUUGAGCAUGACUGGGACGGGCCAAUGCAUGACCACUUCCUUCGACUGCAAGUCUUUCUUCGCAGAUCCUGGCGUCCAGAGCUCUGCAGCGAAUUUAUGCCGGGUGGUGGUGUAUGAGGAGCCGGAAGUCCAGGGAGCAGUUAACGCAGUCAGCAUCAAGACCAAGAAUUCGGAAUGCAUAUCUGCAAGUGGGAGAAGCGUGAGGCUGGAUCGCACAUUGCAGUCGGAUGGCUCUGCAGCUCCUCGCUAUGUCCAGAGCAUGUGCCCAAACGCUACGAGCUGGGAUGUCUCUCUAAAAGGCGCUUUGACCAUGACGAGCACUAUCUCCGCCACGGGAGGUCCUGAUGCGCCAUCGAAUCGAACAACGGUGAUACCAGCAACCAUCACUGCCGCAGAGCAACCGCCGAAAGCGCUGCUCACUUUUCGAGGAGGAAUCUUGGGCGACGUGUAUGACCAGAACCCGAGCUUCGCGGCGCUCAUUGCUUUGAGUGCUGCGUUCUCCCGGUCGUACAAAGACGACGCGAGCGCUGCCGUCUACGGCGCGUACAUCGUCAUGGAAGACAUGAUCCCCCUCUGA